AUGAGUAUUACACUUGAGGAACACUUUCUAUCUCAAGCAGCACACUCGUCAACGGUAGGGACAAAUGACCCGAUCCAUGGGUUUCCUACCAGUAUCAUCAACAAGCUCGUUGACUUCGAUGAUGAGCGAAUCAAGAACAUGGAUGAAAACAAUGUAGCAAUUCAAGUCCUGUCUCACACUCCAGCCAACUUUCUCACCGCCGAAACAAUAAUAGCUUGUAACGAUGAGCUCGCUGCAGCUGUCCGAGCGAAUAAGUCUCGCUUCGCUGGCUUCGCGUGCCUCCCGAUGGGUGAUCCCAUGGCAGCAACUCAUGAGCUUGAAAGAUGUAUCAAAGAUCAUGGGUUCGUUGGUGCGCUCAUUGAUAACCAUUCCAACGGCAACUUCUACGAUGGUCCUGAGUAUGAUAUUCUUUGGGCAAAAGCUGUGGAGCUCGAUGUGCCGAUUUAUAUACAUCCUGCGUGGCCGAGCGAAAAAGAAAAGGAGGCUUUAUACUCAGGCGGUAAUCUGCAGUCAGACAGUAGCUCAGCGACUGCACUGGGCGCCUUUGCUUUUGGAUGGCAUGCCAGUACUGCGAACACCAUUCUGCGUCUAAUGGCCAGUAACACAUUUGACCGCCACCCCAAACUCAAGAUCAUCAUUGGUCAUUCUGGAGAGCUCAUACCAUAUAUGUUUGACCGUAUCAACAAGGCCACUACAUUCUUUGGGAUGGAACGCGGAUUUGCGGAGGUGAUGCAUAAUAAUAUAUGGAUCACAACUUCGGGAAUGUUUGAUGUGCAUUCGUUGCGGUGUCUGUUGGGCAACAUGCCUCUGAGUCAAGUCAUGUUUAGUGUGGAUUAUCCUUUCAGCGAUAACAAGCUUGGCAAGGAGUAUUUAGAGAUGAUUCGAAGGGAAGGGGUUCUUGAUGAGAAUGGAAUUGAGGCUUUCGCUUCUGGUAACGCAAGAAGAUUGUUAUUUCAUCAAGGUUGA